AUGGCCCAUUUCUCUGGCGAGGACGAGGUGGUGAUGCAGACGAUGCUGAGGCAGUUGUUCCAGAGCGUAAAAGAGAAGAUCACGGGUGCCCCCUCUCUGGAGUGCGCCGAGGAAAUCCUCUUACAUCUGGAGGAAACUGAUGAAAAUUUUCACAACUAUGAAUUUGUGAAAUAUCUUAGACAGCAUAUAUAUAACACUUUGGGGUCCAUGAUUGAGGAAGAAAUGGAAAAAUGGAUGUCUAAUCAGAAUCAGGAUGAAGAAUCUGGCUAUGAGACAGUUGUACAGCAUGUUACUAAAAGAACCCAGGAAUCUAAAGAAUACAAAGAAAUGAUGCAUUCCCUGAAGAACAUCAUGAUGGUAGUGGUGGAAUCUAUGAUUAACAAGUUUGAAGAAGAUGAGGUACGGAGUCAAGAGAGUCAGAAAAAAAUCCAGAAGGAGAAGAGCAACAGUUACUGCACAGACAAUUGCUCUGAUAGUGAUUCAUCUUUCAAUCAGAGUUACAAAUUUUGUCAAGGAAAAUUACAAUUGAUUUUAGACCAGUUGGAGCCUGGGCAACCUAAAGAGGUGAGAUAUGAAGCCUUGCAAAUGUUAUGUUCAGCUCCUCCAUCUGAUGUACUGAAUUGUGAAAAUUGGACCACUCUCUGUGAAAAACUGACAAUGUCUCUUUCAGAUCCUGAUCCUGUGUUUAGUGACCGGAUUUUAAAAUUCUAUGCACAGACAUUUACUCUUUCACCAUUACAUAUGACCAAGGAAAUUUAUACAAGCUUAGCUAAAUAUUUGAAGUUAUACUUUCUUUCUAGAGAAAAUCAUAUUCCUACUCUGUCAACUGGUAUAGAUAUAAGUAAUCCUAAUGUGAUCUGCUUAGUUAAAAAGGUUCGUCUUCUAAAUGAAUAUCAGAAAGAGGCUCCAUCUUUCUGGAUUCGUCACCCAGAAAAGUAUAUGGAAGAGAUUGUGGAGAAUACUUUGUCCUUAUUAUCCGUUAAACAUGAUCAGGGCCAUCUUGUCUCACAAAAGAUUUUGGAUCCAAUCUACUUUUUUGCAUUGGUUGAUACCAAAGCUGUGUGGUUCAAAAAGUGGAUGCAUGCAUAUUAUAGCAGAACUGCAGUACUAAGACUUCUUGAAAAGAAAUAUAAAUCUUUGAUAACUACAGCAGUUCAGCAGUGUGUUCAGUACUUUGAGUUGUGUGAGGCCAUGCAAAUCGAUGAGAUUUUGGGUCAUUCAAAGCAUUGUGGGAACAAACAGAAAACCUUCUACUACUCAGGACAAGAAUUACAAUAUAUUUAUUUCAUUCACUCACUGUGCCUUUUAGGAAGAUUAUUGAUCUAUACACAAGGCAGACGGCUAUUUCCUAUAAAGCUGAAGAAUAGAAAAGAUUUAGUAUCCCUUACAGAUCUUGUGGUUUUGUUUACCCAACUUAUCUAUUACUCACCAAGUUGUCCAAAGAUGACAUCUGCUGCACAUCUAGAUAAUUACUCUCCUGCAAGUAUGGUGACUGAAGUUCUUCAGAUACUCUGUGAUCAGAAAGAAUGUGCAAUUGAAUGCUUGUAUAACAACACUGUGGUUGAGGCACUUCUUCAGCCUAUUCAUAACUUAAUGAAAGGAACUAAGACUGCUCCAAAUUGCUCUGAAACCGCUUUAAUUCACAUAGCUGAUAUAUUGGCAAGAAUAGCGUCUAUAGAAGAAGGACUUACCUUACUUCUUUAUGGAGAAAAUAUGAACUCUUCUGGAGAAAAAAGUUCUACAGGUGCUCAUAUAAUUGCCCAGUUUUCGAAAAAACUUCUUGAUGAAGACAUUUCUAUUUUUUCUGGUUCGGAAAUGUUGCCUGUGGUUAAAGGAGCUUUUAUUUCUGUGUGUCGUCAAAUAUAUGGUACAUGUGAAGGCUUACAGGUGUUAAUUCCUUAUAGUUUGCAUGAGUCUAUAGCAAAAGCAUGGAAGAAGACAAGUUUGCAAUCAGAAAGAACUCCUACUCCAGUAAAGUGCUUGGAAUCUGUUUCUUCAGUAAGCCAGGAAUCCCAAAACCUUAUGGCUUGGGAAGAGAAUUUGUUAGAUGAUUUACUAAAUUUUGCUGCCACUCCCAAAGGACUACUAUUUCUUCAAAGAACAGGUGCCAUCAAUGAAUGUCUGACAUUUAUGUUCAACCGAUAUGCAAAAAAAUUACAGAUCAGCAGGCAUAAAAAGUUUGGCUACGGAGUUUUGGUUACACAAGUGUCAUCAACAGCAGCAGGUGCAGUGGCACUACAAAGUUCAGGGUUUAUUAAUGCACUUAUAACUGAAUUAUGGACCAAUCUGGAAUGUGGAAGAGAUGAUGUUAGAGUAACCCAUCCCAGAUCUACUCCAGUGGAUCCUAUUGACCGGAGCUGUCAAAAGUGUUUUCUAGGACUGGUGAACUUGUUACCUUAUCCUGCUGUUUAUGAGCUGGUAGGCAAUCGAGAGCUUCCUAAUAAAGCAGAAUAUUCUCUUCGUGAAGUCCCAACAUGUGUUAUUGAUAUUAUAGAUCGACUUAUACUUUUGAAUUCAGAAGCAAAGAUUCGUUCUUUAUUCAACUAUGAACAGUCACACAUCUUUGGUCUAAGGGAUUUUAUAAUUGAUGGCUUAUCUGUAGAGAGAAAUCAUGUUCUUGUUAGAAUAAAUUUGAUUGGUGGGCCUAUGGAACGAAUUCUGCCACCAAGGGUACUACAGAAGGGUGAUGAUCCGUAUCCUUGGCCAAUGUUUUCAUCAUAUCCUUUACCAAACUGCUACCUGUCAGAAGUUACAAAAAAUGCUGAUCUAAAACAAGACAAUGAUCUUGGCAAACUUUUAUUAUGCUUCAAAAUGUCUGACAAACAAACUGAGUGGAUAGAAAACUGCCGAAAACAGUUUUGCAAAAUGAUGAAGGCUAAACCUGAUAUAAUCAGUGGAAGUGCUUUACCAGAAUUGCUUGAAAAAUUUGUGCUUCAUCUCUCUGAAAGCCCAUCUGAAUGUUACUUCCCCUCAGUGGAAUAUACAGCUACUGAUGCAAAUGUGAAGAACGAAAGUCUUUCAUCUGUGCAGCAGCUUGGCAUUAAAAUGACUGUCAGGUAUGGCAAGUUCCUCAACCUGUUGAAAGACAGUGCAGAAAAUGAUCUUACGUUGGUUUUAAAGCACUGUGAGAGAUUCCUGAAACAGCAGCAAGUACCCAUAAAAUCUUCUCUUCUCUGCCUGCAGGGGAGUUAUGCUGGCCAUGACUGGUUUGUAUCUUCUUUGUUCAUGAUAAUGUGCGGGGACAAAGAGAAAACAUUCAGAUUUCUUCAGCAGUUCUCCAGGCUUCUGACCUCUGCUUUCCUUUGGCUGCCAAGACUACAUAUUUCUAGGUACCUACCUGCUGACACUAUAGAAUCUGGCAUCCAUCCGAUAUACUUUUGCAGCACUCAUUAUAUUGAAAUGCUCCUGAAGGUGGAGGUGCCACUUGUGUUUUCAGCUUUUCACAUGUCUGGUUUUGCACCAUCCCAGAUAUGCCUACAGUGGAUAACUCAGUGUUUUUGGAAUUAUUUAGAUUGGAUAGAAAUCUGCCAUUAUAUUGCUACUUGUGUUUUCCUUGGUCCUGAUUACCAAGUGUAUAUCUGUAUAGCUAUAUUCAAACACUUACAACAAGACAUUCUGCAGCACACUCAGACUCAAGAUCUGCAGGUUUUCCUAAAAGAAGAAGCACUGCAUGGGUUUCGAGUGAGUGAUUACUUUGAAUACAUGGAGAUUUUGGAACAAAACUACCGACCAGUGGUGCUGAGGGACAUGCGCAAUGUUAGAGUGCAGAGCACAUAGAUGGUGGCACAGACAGUUGAAUGCCACGUUUUAUUUCUGUUUAAAGGAAACAAUUGUUUUCUGUGU